AUGCCACCGAAACGACCGUUACCUAUACGAUUAUCAGACGGCCAUGCAAACAACCCAAGCAUGUCUGCUAGCAGUGCGAUGCUUUCCGACAACACGAAUGUUGUAGUGAAUGGAAAAGAAUUGCACAUCAAAUUCUCCGACCCGGUAAUGGUGAAGAAGUUAGGUUCUGGCCAAUUUGCUACUGUUUUCCACAUGAAAUUCACCAAUGACAACAAUGUCUACGACUUUGCUGUCAAGGAGAUUAAGAUGGGCAGGUCAGAAAUGAGAAAGAGUCGUAUCCGUCAAGAAUCAGAGUUUGGAUUACGCAUGUCUGUUUGUCCGUUUGCGGUCAAUACUUACGGAAUCAUGGGUCGUGGGGAUGAGAUCCGCAUACUGAUGGAACUCAUGGAUGACACGGUCGCAAAUCUUCGAUUGAUGCGAGACCUACUGGAGUGCGAUUUCCCAGAAGAACACGUUGCUUUCACAACGAAAUGCGUGGUCAAAGGACUUGAAUUUCUACGCCAGUGCGGUAUCCAGCACAGGGACGUAAAGCCUACCAACAUGCUCGUCAACCGCGAUGGCUGCGUCAAAAUUUGCGAUUACGGUGUUGCCCAAAAGAUGCAAGGCGACAUAACCAAAACGAACGUUGGAACCUUUAAAUUUCUGGCACCGGAGCGUCUUGUUAUGGGACAAAAGAACGGCUUCCGCAUCCAAUCAGACGUUUGGUCUCUCGGAGUGAGUGUGUAUAACAUCGUCACGGCUUCAAUGCCCUUCCCGGAGAAUGCCACAAUAUUCGACUACCAUCAGUAUAUUAUUGCAAACUCUGAUGUCGACCUUCCUCCUGAAAAUGACUACUCACAGGACCUGAGAACCUUCGUCUCCUCUUGCCUAAAAGUAGAGGAGAACGACCGCCCAGACUACGAAACACUCCUCAAGUUCGGCUUCUUGAAAAACAUCAAAAUAAAAGACCACAAGCCAUUAUUUGCGCAAUUCGUUUGUGAAACCUUUGAUAAGUAUAAUGAUUCUCUUGUUUGA